AUGCUUCGGCACGGUUUGACAGCGGAGCUCAGGUACCUGGGCUCCACACACCCUGCUCUAGAGCCUGUGCCUGCUGAUCGCGACUGGGCGCCACUUCACGGCCGCACUGCAGUCAUCGCGGGCGCUGGCCCGGCAGGCUGUACCUUAGCCAUGCACCUGGCCAAGGCGGAUCCUCGGGGCAUUCGGCCGGUAACAGCGGUGGCGGAGGUGCCCCUGCUUCGGGAGCGGGCUUACAAGGGCCUGGUGUUGGGCCUGGGGGAGGGGAAGGGGGGACACAGGAGCAGCAGCAGCAGCAGCAGCAGCACCAAGAAGCCCAUCGUGUUGGAGCGAACAGGAGUGCUAAUGGACCGGACAUUGCUAGCUACCUCACUGCUCGAUGCUGCGAUGCGGCAGUACGGCAGCCGUGUGGAGUUUUCCUUCAGUACCCCCCUGGAGUCCGUGGAUUUCACAGACCGAGUGGCCACCUUCCGAAGCAUCAGUAGUAAUAGAGCUUCCAGUAGCAGCAGUAGCAGUAGUAGCGGCAGCGGGGCGGAGCCACCAGCAGCACGCAAGUUGGUCGAGGCUACAGCCGGCCGUACAGCGGCAGCGCCGGCACCGGCGGCUCCAGGGAGGAGGAAUCCAGCGGCAUCUGGCAUAGGCGGGGAGGAAAGCCACGGCAAGGGCGAUGGCGGAGGGACAAUUAAGGUGUCGUACGAUUUGCUAGUGGGCGCCGACGGCAGUAGCAGUACGCUGCGGGUUCUACUGGCGGAGGGGUUCCCUGGACAGUACGACACAACGGACCCGCUUAGGCAGCUACAGCUACAGCUACAGCUACAGCUACAGAUUGUAGGUCCCCCAGGUAUAGCCGGGACCACCUGCUACAAGAGCGUGUACGGCUUGCCGCCCGUACAGCAGGCGGAGGCCUGGGCGCCGGAUAGUGCCGUACCGGUUUCGGAGCGACUUAAGGGGGAGUUCUUUUUCGUGUUGUCUGGUGAAGGCCAGGACUACCUGGCCCUGCUAGCCCAGGCGGGCUCCCAGCUGCCCGCAGAGUGGCGGCCGCUGAUGGCGGACAAGCUGGCGGCGGCACCACUGAGCAGCUUCCCGGUGAUGCGCUCCCUGCCCCGGUUCUGGGCCCCGGGCGGUGUGGUGCUGGUGGGGGAUGCGGCCCACACCGUCACCCCGGCCCUCGGCCAGGGACUGAACAGCGCCCUGGAGGACUGCGAGCUGCUGAUGAGGGAGAUACACACGGCGGGGGGCUAUGAGGCGCUAGAUGCCGCCCUGCGGAGGUUCAGUGACUCGCGGGUGCCCGAGGUGAGGGCGCUGCAGGAGCUGGAGCUGCUGCAGAGCUCCUCCCUCACCCCGCUGUCCUCCAUGUCCCCCCUGGAGCUCCUGCCCCUGCUGCAGCUGCUGGCCCGCAAGUGGGUCAUCGUACAGUACUCGGGACUGGCGCUGCUGGGGACUAUCGCGGCCACAGUGCAAGCAGCCAACCGCAAGAAGCAGGUUCAGCAGCAGAAGGGGCAGCAGAAGGGAGCAGGGGAUGUCGCCGGCGCGCUGGGAAGGGGUUGCAGCAGCGGUGGCGGUGGCGGUGGCGGUGGCGGUGGCGGUGUUGGCGGGCGGACUGAGGCGGAGUGGGUGGAUGAGGCGGCGGCUCGGGCGGAGCAACUGGGGAAGCAGCUGGAUGGGGGUGCGAUAUUUGUGAGGUCGCCGCCCAUGUACGAGCUGCUACGCGGGCACAUGCCGUACCGGGAGAUGCUCGCAAGGGUGUACGGCUUGGCGGCCCUGGGCACAGGGCUCACAUUUGCUUUGAUGUACAGCCUAUGUACGGCAGUUGGAGGCUUGGCGGCGCUGGCUAGCCCGGGCUCGGUGCUUCCUACGCUUAGCACCCAAAAUCGCUCCGACUCCUGGCAGCUGGCCAUCCUGGGGGACCUGCACCUGGCACCGGAGCAAAUGAAGCUGUUCGACACGGCCCGGGAACAACUGAGGACGGCCAUGGCGGCAGCGGACGGCAACGGGAGUCCUUGUGAGGGUGCCCGUGUGGUUCAGCUGGGCGAUCUGGGUCACGGCAAGCACCAGUCAGGGUCCCGGAAGUGUUUUGAGUUCGCCAGGCAGUACCUGGAGGGCUUUAACGUGCCGUACGCCUUAAUCCUGGGCAACCACGAUCUAGAGGGGGACGAGUUUGAAACGGACGAAGAGAACCUUGCGGCUUGGAGAGAGGUGUUCCGACAGCCUCACUACUGGGCGGCUGAUCUGGGUCGCACCCGACUGGUGGGGCUGUCCACUGAGAGGUACAGGUCGAAUGAGAACAGGCGAGUGGGGGCAGGGGGCAGCCGCCACCACGAGGUGUUCAUUUCCGACGACCAGGUUCAGUGGCUGGAGAAGCAGCUGGCGGAUAACCCGGACACGCCCUUCGUGGUGCUCACACACGCGCCACCUAUGGGCUGUGGAUUGAAGGUAAUCCAGGAGGUGCACAUCAAGAACCGGUGCGCCUGGCUGAACCACUCGGCCCAGCCCCGUGUGUUCAUGGACUUGGUCAGCCGCCACCGCAACGUCAAGCUGUGGUUCUCCGGCCACUUCCACCUCUCACACAACUACCCGGACUCCAUAUCUACGGUGGGGGGGGCCGCGUUCGUACAGGUUGGUGUUAUUGGGGAAUGCAACCGCGACGGCAUGCGCCAGUCCCGGCUCCUCCGCGGCGGCCCGGACGGCUACCGGCUGUUCACUGUGGAUCACGACAGCGGAGCGCUGAGACUGGACAUGGAGGCCAGGUGGGACGAGCAGAGCCCGCCGAUACCUGUCGUACCAGAGGACGAGCUGCUGUGCGACCCUGAUGCUGGUUGGCUGUGCUCCCAGAUGGACUGCAAGAUGGGCGAUAACAGCAGCGGCUUCAUCACCUGGUACCCGGUGGGCUCUGAAACCAUUCUGGCCCUGCAAGCAGGAGGUCUGCUCAUCGAGUACGACAUGUCCAGUGCCGCCCCAAUGGGUUUGGUGACCCGGGUGCCCGAGGACUGCUCGGUGGCGAUGCUGGGUCCAGGAGGUCGGCCCGCGGAAAGGGAGGACGGGGGGGACGUGGAGGAGAUUCAAGUGCUGGAGCCGAACGGUGAGCUGCGGGAGUCCAUCCCCCGCAACUCCUCGGGCGCCUUCUUCCGCAUCUAUCAGCCCAACAAGUGGAGGCUUAAGCGCCAGCAGCAGCAGCAGAAGAAGAAGACGGAGGAAGCGGCGGCUAGCAAGGCGGAAGCGGAGGCGCUGGUAGCAGCAUAA